AUGGGAGCGCUUCUCGGUUCAGUGCGUCACCGAUGCUUUGGUCAGACUUCAGAGACUCUCAUGAGGCUGGUCCGGGACGUGGCCCUGGCGUGCAUUGAGGGGACGAAGGGGGGACGUCUGCACGCGGCAGGCUCGAUCACUGUGAGCACGCCAUUGCUGCAUUGCUUCGUCCUUGGCUCAUUCUCGCGGGCCUAUGUCCUAGCGCGACAGCGACAUGCAGCACCAUCGAGUCUGACCGCCAACUCGCUACAACUGUUUGCCGACGACAUGGCGACAGCCCAGCGACAACAGCAGUCAUCUUCGCAUAUGGAGCAGUCUCUACAGCAGCGUCAGAGAUUCCAAGCAGGCGUACAGCUCGGCUCAGACCGACAUCCGAAUGGCGAAGUAGUGAGCGGCUCGAGCUCUGCAGUGGACGACAGAAGCAAGCCAGCGAUAGACCAAGGAUGGUCUCACACGACGCUAGCGAAGGGCAAAGCUUGGUACAAGCGCCAGAACGUGACGCUCGAGCUCGUCAAUAAGGGGUCCGUCGCGCGAGAUCAUUUGGCGAAUGAACGUACCGUGCUCGCCUGGCUUAGAUCAAGCCUGUCGCUAGCGUCCAUCGGCGUCGCGGUGACGCAGCUUUUUCGUCUGUCCACCAUCCUCGAAAACGGCAGUAGCGGUAGUGCUAAUGCGCCAUCUUCAGCAGUCGCCCAGUCCGCGCUCGCUCAUGUCCAAUCACUUCUGUUCAUCCCGGCCGAAGCACAGCCAGAUGCAUCCUUGAUGGCGCGACAAGGCUCUUCAGAUACAGACGCGACAGAGCAAAUGCUGCUGUCCGCUGUCCGCGCGCUCACAAACGUUGUGAUCGCACAACAGGUAGAGAUAGACUCGAUGAUUACUUCACAGGCCAGCGAGAAGCUACGCUAUCGUCGUCUAGGCAAGCCCAUCGGAGGAACCUUUCUUCUCCUGGCGCUCGUCUUCCUCGCCCUUGGCUUCCACCGCUACUUUGCCGUGCAGGAGGCACUGACGAGGGAUAUGUAUGUUCCGGCCCGCCGCAGCGUCAUCUUUUCCUCCUUUGUCGUCGGCGCGCUCACCGCUGCGGCAUUUGCGAGCAUCUUGGCCAUCGCCUGA